CACACAAAACAAAUGUCAAUUUGCUAAACAGCCCAACGAGAAAAAAAUUGCAGGUUAGACAACUUUUCAAAAAAAUAAUUCUUUUUGUCAAAAAAUUGUAAUUUCUUCGUGCAGGGUGAAUUUUUUCACAGUAACAAACAAAAAUGCCAGAACUUACUGAAAUUAAAGCCGAUGCCCCCACAACCUCUGCUGCUCCCGCUGAGGCUAAGGCUGUUGAAGAUGUUCGCGUAGAAGAUGACGGCAGUGAUAGUGACUCUGAGGACACCAUUCCCGAGUUGGAAGAUGCCGGUGCUGGUGCUACCCAAUUGGGUGGUGGUGCCACCGGUUUGCCCGUUGACCUUGUCUCCAAGGCCAAGCAAUCUCGCGGUGAAAAGAAAGCCCGCAAGAUUAUGCUCAAAUUGGGUUUGAAACAAAUCCAAGGUGUCAACCGUGUCACCAUCCGCAAAUCAAAGAACAUCUUGUUCGUCAUCAACAACCCCGAUGUCUACAAGAACCCCCACAGUGAUACCUACAUUGUCUUCGGUGAAGCCAAAAUCGAAGAUUUGUCUCAACAAGCCCAAGUUGCUGCUGCUGAGAAAUUCAAGACCCCCGAAGCUGCCGGAGCUGCUGAUACCAUUGGUACAACCUCCUCCGUUGCACCCAUUGCCGAAGAAGACGAAGAAGAAGUUGACGAGACCGGUGUCGAUGAGAAGGACAUUGAGUUGGUCAUCAAUCAAGCCAAUACUACCCGCGCUAAGGCUAUUAAGGCACUUAAGAACAAUAACAAUGAUAUUGUCAAUGCCAUUAUGGAACUGACGAUGCUUUAAAUUCUAUUUUCUUAUCGCUCUAAACUAAGAAACCCCCUCCCCCCAAAUUUUAAGCUAGAGAGUAGAGUUUAAUGGCCUGCAUUUUAAGUUUAGUACCCGCCUCAGCAAAAACUACAACAACAAUGUAAUCAAAUUUUUUUAAUUAUAUUAUUAAUUAUAAUAUAAAGAAAAACAACAACAACAACUACAAAUUAAUAAUACAGACUUUUUUCGUUAUUACAAAA